AUGUUCUCCAUCCGCAUCGCCGCCGUUGUCCUCGCAGCCUCUGCCCUCCUUGCGGCCGCCAGCCCGAUCGCCAACACGGAGACCCCUGUGAACCAGUGCGGCUCCGGCUCCAUCCAGUGCUGCGAAUCCGUCCAGUCCGCUUCGGCUGCACAAGCCGCCGGGAUCUUGGGUCCCUUGGACAUCCUCACCAAUCUGCAGGGCCUGGUCGGGUCGCACUGCAGCCCCCUCGCGGCCGUCGGCGUCUCGGGGACGAGCUGCUCGUCGCAGACGGUCUGCUGCAAAGACGUUAGCAAAAGUGGGCUGGUCAACCUGGGCUGCUCGCCCAUUAACCUCAACCUCUAA